AUGAGAAGCUCGACUCACCGAGAAGGCUGGUUUUGGGAGAUUGAAGAGGAAGAAAUUCAGAGGCAGGGAGAGGCGUCCUUCUUACAGCGGCGGAAAAAAGAAAGGCGCAGAUCCAGAACACCACAAAAGGGAAUCUGUGGCGGUGAUAAGCGUCAUCGAUGCUACUCUGUUUCCCGGGGCGUUGAAGAGGAGACAAGGAGCCGGAGACAGAGGAAGCUCCUAUCUGUUUCAACUGGAGGUCGAUCGACGACUGCCAAUCGAGAGAGGCAGAGGCAGAGAGAUGUGAUUGACGCCGCCGACGUCUCAGGCCACUCCCCUACCCGAUUGAGCCAUCUCGCUAUCCUAGUCGUUGCCAUCGAUCCACCAUCGCCAAAGGAGAAGCUCGACCCGCCGGAGAAAGCUGGGUAUGAGAUAUUGAAGCAGAAGAAAGCUGGAUUUUGGAGAAAGCUGGGUUUGGGAGGGUUGAAUUAA